AUGGGUCCUUUCUCUCAGCUCCACUCUCGGCACAAGCAGGUUGUUGUGGGCCUCGUCGUGGUGUUCCUCUUCGUGGGCGCCCUUCUCUACUUCAACCCUGCUGUCCUGACCGAUGGCACCGGCGCCUCGCCCCACUCGCGUGGCCUGAAGGACUCUCCACUCGAGGCUCACCUCCGCUACCCUCUUCAGCAGGCGUACCACAAGUACAAGCCGUCAUCAACGCACUACUCCAUCACCAUCGUUGCCGACAUGGACAAGGCCUCCAAGACUGACGACAAGAAGUGGCGCAGCACGCUGAAGAGCGGCACGCUCACGCGCAACCCCCGAGACCAAGAAAUGGAUGUUACGUCGGUGUUCAACGACGGAUCUCGAGGAAUGGAGCUGUCGGAGCUGGCCUACUUCAACGAGCAGCUCCUUACCUUUGACGAUCGCACCGGCAUCGUGUACUUUGUCGAGGGCGAGAAGGUGAUCCCCAAGCACAUCCUCAUGGAUGGCAACGGUCACAUCGACAAGGCGCUGUCGCAGGACCCGCCGGUGCACUACGUCCGCUUCGCGCUGAUGGCCAAGCGCAGCGUCGAGUUCUGGGGCGGGCGCAAGGAGCAGCAGCUGACCCAGCGCCGCGAGGAGGAGAUCAAGCUCCGCAAGCGUAAGGACGUGCUCGCCACCCGCACCACCGAGGCCGGCGGCGAUCUCGAAGAGCUGCGCAUGCUGGAGGCGACGAUCGAUGCGGGCUACAAGGUGGCCAUGCCUCCGAGCCUCAAGGCCGCUCUCGCGCACAAGCUCGGCGGCAAGGACCAGUUCCACUUCAGAAACAUCACCGAGGACGAGCUGCUGGAGCUGCUUGUGACGCCACGAAGCACCAAGACGGAACAAAACGAAGAGGACGAGGGCGAAAACGACGUGAUCGUGGUGGGCGACGAAGACGAAGACGAAGAGGCCGAGAAUGGAGAGGAGGAGGAGGACACGAACGCCGCCGAAGCCGACGGUGGAGACGGCGAGGAGUCCGCCCCCAUCUUCGUCAUCGACACCAAGGGAGCACCCACGCCGAAGCACACGGCGAAGCCCGCUGCCACCGCCGACAAAGAAAAGGCCGCGGCGCCGAGCAGCCUCCAGCGUGACGUGGCUGCCCUCCUCGAGCAGCUGAGCGAGGAGGAAGAAGAGUAG